ACACGAUGACCAAAAAGUAAAAUAGCAAAUACAUGUAUCAGGGGCAACCUGCUUUUUACGUGCUCACUGUACUUGCUUUCCUCUUUUAAAUGUUGGAAGUUGGAGUUCCGCUCGUCUGCCUCUCUGUGACACUCCUUUUUUCGGUAAUAAUUAUGUCCAUGUAUCGAUAUCUCUGGUAAUGGAUACAUAUUUGAACGUGGGCAGCCGGUGACACUUGGCCAUUACUUACACGGGCUUUGUAAACACACGCCACAAGGUGUACGUGUACGCGCCAGCCUAUGGUCCAUUAGCUAGGUGGGAACUACUAACAUAUAAAAUCCUGUUUCCUAGUACUUCGUUCAAGGUAUUUGGCCUGACUGGAGAGAUUGACAGAACGGAACCAUUUUUGACCGAAGUUGUAUGUGUACAUGUAAUGUAUGCAGAAAAAUUGAAUUCCAACCGCCCACUGUGGAGAAGUAAUGGCAAUCCUUCACCCGAGGUUCAUACAUGUUGAGAGACGGAUAUCAGAACAAAAGGUCCGGUACCUCGACCUCUACACGCGGAAGUGGGCUCAAUGUAAAUUAAGUGAAGCCAACUUCCUAUGGGACUGUCAUAAGUGUCCAACCCACCAGGCGCGUUCAUCUGUAGCUGUCAACAUACAUGCUUAUGUGCAUUAUUACCUUCCACUGUUGAGAUCAUUUGGGUCGUUGGCUUUCAACAAAGCACGUUUUGGAAGAUUUGUUGGGCCAUAGAGAGUUUCAAAGUGUUUAUAUUAGCAUCAUAUGCAUUAGCCGUUGGAAAGUCAGGAAAUCUAAAUUGGUGGGAAGCUCUUCAUCGCGGGGGAAAAACUGACUGGCGCAACAGCGUGCAACAACGACCCGGCCAUGGAAGACUUUGACUACUAUGAGAACGCAACUGACACCCCUGAUGUUGCCGCACCGAUCACUGGAGUAUCGGUUUUCCUGGGAGUAUUACUGGCAAUACUCUCCGUGGUCACGCUGGCGGGGAACAUCGGCACAAUAUGGGCCUUCAGAUCCAAUGUCCUACUGCGACAGAAGCCCAGUAACUUGCUGAUCCUGAGCCUGUCGUGCUGUGAUCUCGUGGUGGGCGCGACGGGCCUGCCCACGGCGUCCAUCCACACGGGACUGGGCCACUGGCCGCUCGGCAAGCCCGUCUGCAUCAUUAUGGCCUUCUUCUCGGUCGUCGGCGUGUCGGCAGCCAUGUACACCGUCAUGGCCAUCAGUCUGGACCGCUGGCUGCUGGUCUCCCGUGACUAUUCUGCCUACCUCCGCUUCCAGUCCUCGCGAAACGUCAAGCUCCAGAUUGGGGCUGCCUGGGCCGCGGCCAUCGUCAUCAGCGGCUGCGAGACCAUCCUCUGGAUCGCUGGAGUCAACGAGGAGGGCGACUCGAUCCAGUACACUAAGGAGUGCCGGUCCCCGGUCCGCAGGAAUUCCCUUUUCGUCCUCAUCAUCUUCACCCUCUUGUUCGCCAUACCGUUCCUGGUCAUGGUGCUCUCCACCGGCCGGUUCGCGUUCCUUCUGCGCCAACGCCUCCGGAGGCAGAGGUCCCGGGCCCCCAGCACGGCUUCGGCCAAAUCGCCCAACACUCCUAUCGACAAGGCCGAACUCUCAAGCACGGUCAGCGAGCAGGCAGGAAAUCAGAACAAAAUUGUAGCGGUAAAUGGAAGAGCAGUUGAUGAGUCGGUUAAAACGGCGUCGUCAUCAUCCACCAAAGCGGUCGCGUUUGAUUCGGCCUCCAACGCGGACUCGAGCAGUGACGUCAUGCCUAACAAGUCGCGUCGUCCAGUGACUAAACACCCGUCUCUGGGCCAGGUCGGGAGGAACAAAUCUUUCUUUGGUUUCGGGCUGGACGUCUCCAGGGGUGAGUCCCAGCGGAACAGACGGGCUCAGAAGAUGAAGAACAGGUACAUCAAGCCCGCCGUGCGACUGGCAAUUCUCCUGGGCGUCUACGCUCUCUGUACGCUGCCCUACCCUUUCUUCCUCAUCCUAGCCGACAAGAGCAUGGUGGAGGCCCGGAAUCAUCUCUCUAAUCUGUUGCUGGCCAACUCUGGGCUAAAUCCGUUCCUGUAUGCGAUAAUGCACAGGAAGAUACGGCAUUUUUAUGCCAGAAAACUCACUCCUUGUAAAAAGACAGCCAGAACGUGAGGUUCUUACAAUCAUGCUGCAGACUUUCAGCAGAUGCUUACCUAAGUUGGUAUACUUGCUCAAAAAGGCAAAACUUAGCUAACUGAGAGUUUUCUCACGUUUGGGUUGCUUGGCUUAAUAUUCAGUCUUACCUUUCUAACUCUUUGAAUGUGCACUUUGGACAUUUUGGAAUAUUUAAUUCUGUCGAUAGCUUGAGAUGUUAAUUGCCCUAAAUUCUAAACUUCUUUGCUUGAGGGGUCAUGACCGGUCAUCCCCUUUUCUCGUGGUUUUUUUGCGGAAGUACAAAGUGUAUAUACGCUGGGGAGGGAGCAGAAGAUUAUGUGCUUUUGCAAAAUAUUAAAACGAUGGCAAAGUUAACUUGUCAUUUUUUCUUUGUUCCUUUUUAUGCCCAAGGCUAUAGGAAUGCGCAAAAACGUGCGUUUUCUUCGAAUGUAAAUAUAAUAAAAAUGGAUAACUUUUACAGUUUGAUGACAAAGAAAAAUGUUGGAGAAACUUCUAUUACAAUAUGGGUCGGAACCUCAAAUUCUAUAAUGAAAUAGCGAUACUGUUGUUUCACAUCUUUGUUCAAUAAUCAAUAGAGCUCUCAGACUGGCUUGGGUACAGUAUUCGAGCUAUACGGAAGAGAAUUGGUGCUGAUUUUUUUUUCAUUCUUUACUAUUGACCUUUGGGUUGACUUAAGCCGUGAAUGCAGUUAUUAUUGUAGUAUUAUGAGACUUAAUUAUCAAAAUGAUACAUUACACUUGGAUACAUUUUGUGCUCAAUUUAUAGAAUUUUUGAAUAUAUCAAGCCAAUUUUGUGUAGCCUUUGUAUCACAACAGUAAUACAACUUCACAUCUUGAUAAAAGGAAA